AUGGCGUUGAUUCCGGCCUUGGUGCUGGUCGGCACGCUCAUCUUCGUGCUUCUUUUCGCCGUGUUCUGCUACCGCUCGGACAACGGCGCGCGACCCGUACCCCAGUCCUACGCGGUGGUGUCAGACCACGUGAUGAGGCACGCCACCAUCGAGAGGUUCUUCGCGGAGAUGGCCAACGAGAAGCCCAUCCGGUUCACGCCGGGCCAGCUCCAAGGCUACACCAGCAACUACUCGUCCCGUCUUGGCGCCGGCGGGUUCGGCACGGUCUACAAGGGCGCGCUCCCCAACGGCCUCGCCGUCGCCACCACCGGCGUGGCACGGGGUCUGAGGUACCUCCACGAGGAGUGCCAUCAGAAGAUCAUCCACUACGACAUCAAGGGUGGUAACGUCCUCCUCGACAGAACCCUCACGCCCAAGGUGGCUGACUUCGGGCUCGCGCGACUGGUGGACCGGGCAGACACGCACGUCUCCAUGUCCGGCGUGCGCGGUACACCCGGCUAUGCGGCGCCGGAGCUGUGGAUGGGUUCUGGUGUGACGGAGAAGUGCGACGUCUACAGCUUCGGCAUGUUGCUGUUCGAGGCCGUCGGCCGGAGGAGGAACUUCGACGAGGCCGCGCCGGAGAGCCAGCAGUGGUUCCCUAAGCUGGCGUGGACCAGGUACGAGAGCGGCGAGCUGGUGGAGCUCGUGAUGCCGAGCAGCGGUGACGACCAUGGCGUGGAUGCUGUGGAUGAGCCGCAGCAACAGCUGUGCAAGGAGCUGGCGGAGAGGAUGUGCAAGGUAGCGUUCUGGUGCGUGCAACAGCAGCCGGGGGCGAGGCCGCCAAUGGGCGCUGUGGUGAAGAUGCUGGAGGGCGAGAUGGACAUUGCUCUGCCGCCGAACCCAUUCCGGCAUCUUAUGGACGACGUGCCGGUGGAUAAUCUUUGGACGACAAUGACGAGCAGCGUAAACACAGCAUCAGCGUCGGCGGAAGAUGGGAUUUCUCGCGGUAGCAACGAGAUCGUCUCGCUUUGA